AUGACGGCACAAAAGGAUGCCGCGUCUGACGAAAGGAGCAUUUCCAGCAUGUGGAGACCCUCACCUGUCUACCCUCACCUGUCUACGCUCACCUGUCUACCCUCAGACCCUCACCUGUCUACCCCCCGGCCCUCACCUGUCUACCCUCAGACCCUCACCUGUCUACCCUCACCCGUCUACCCUCACCCGUCUACCCUCCGACCCUCACCUGUCUACCCUCACCUGUCUACCCUCACCUGUCUACCCUCAGACCCUCACCUGUCGACCCUCCGACCCUCACCUGUCUACCCUCCGACCCUCACCUGUCUACCCUCCGACCCUCACCCGUCUACCCUCACCCGUCUACCCUCCGACCCUCACCCGUCUACCCUCCGACCCUCACCCGUCUACCCUCCGACCCUCACCUGUCUACCCUCCGACCCUCACCCGUCUACCCUCACCCGUCUACCCUCCGACCCUCACCUGUCUACCCUCACCUGUCUACGCUCACCUGUCUACCCUCAGACCCUCACCUGUCUACCCUCACCCGUCUACCCUCACCCGUCUACCCUCCGACCCUCACCUGUCUACCCUCACCUGUCUACCCUCACCUGUCGACCCUCCGACCCUUACCUGUCUACCCUCCGACCCUCAUCCGUCUACCCUCCGACCCUCACCCGUCUACCCUCACCCGUCUACCCUCCGACCCUCACCUGUCGACCCUCCGACCCUUACCUGUCUACCCUCCGACCCUCAUCCGUCUACCCUCCGACCCUCACCCGUCUACCCUCACCCGUCUACCCUCCGACCCUCACCUGUCUACCCUCCGACCCUCACCUGUCUACCCUCCGACCCUCACCCGUCUACCCUCACCCGUCUACCCUCCGACCCUCACCUGUCUACCCUCACCUGUCUACGCUCACCUGUCUACCCUCAGACCCUCACCUGUCUACCCCCCGGCCCUCACCUGUCUACCCUCCGACCCUCACCCGUCUACCCUCACCCGUCUACCCUCCGACCCUCACCUGUCUACCCUCACCCGUCUACCCUCCGACCCUCACCCGUCUACCCUCACCUGUCUACGCUCCAGACCCUCACCUGUCUACCCCCGACCCUCACCUGUCUACCCUCACCCGUCUACCCUCCGACCCUCACCUGUCUACGCUCCAGACCCUCACCUGUCUACCCCCCGACCCUCACCUGUCUACCCUCACCCGUCUACCCUCCGACCCUCACCUGUCUACGCUCCAGACCCUCACCUGUCUACCCCCCGACCCUCACCUGUCUACCCUCACCCGUCUACCCUCCGACCCUCACCUGUCUACGCUCCAGACCCUCACCUGUCUACCCCCCGACCCUCACCUGUCUACCCUCACCCGUCUACCCUCCGACCCUCACCUGUCUACGCUCCAGACCCUCACCUGUCUACCCCCCGACCCUCACCUGUCUACGCUCAUCCGUCUACCCUCCGACCCUCACCUGUCUACGCUCCAGACCCUCACCUGUCUACCCUCCGACCCUCACCCGUCUACCCCCCGACCCUCACCCGUCUACCCUCCGACCCUCACCCGUCUACCCUCCGACCCUCACCUGUCUACCCUCACCCGUCUACCCUCCGACCCUCACCUGUCUACGCUCCAGACCCUCACCUGUCUACCCCCCGACCCUCACCUGUCUACCCUCACCCGUCUACCCUCCGACCCUCACCUGUCUACGCUCCAGACCCUCACCUGUCUACCCUCACCCGUCUACCCUCCGACCCUCACCUGUCUACGCUCCAGACCCUCACCUGUCUACCCCCCGACCCUCACCUGUCUACCCUCACCCGUCUACCCUCCGACCCUCACCUGUCUACCCUCACCCGUCUACCCUCCGACCCUCACCUGUCUACGCUCCAGACCCUCACCUGUCUACCCUCACCCGUCUACCCUCCGACCCUCACCCGUCUACCCUCCGACCCUCACCUGUCUACGCUCCAGACCCUCACCUGUCUACCCUCCGACCCUCACCCGUCUACCCCCCGACCCUCACCCGUCUACCCUCCGACCCUCACCCGUCUACCCUCCGACCCUCACCUGUCUACCCUCCGACCCUCACCUGUCUACCCUCAGACCCUCACCUGUCUACCCUCACCCGUCUACCCUCCGACCCUCACCUGUCUACGCUCCAGACCCUCACCUGUCUACCCCCCGACCCUCACCUGUCUACCCUCACCCGUCUACCCUCCGACCCUCACCUGUCUACCCUCACCCGUCUACCCUCCGACCCUCACCUGUCUACCCUCCGACCUUCACCUGUCUACCCUCCGACCCUCACCUGUCUACGCUCCAGACCCUCACCUGUCUACCCCCCGACCCUCACCUGUCUACCCUCACCCGUCUACCCUCCGACCCUCACCUGUCUACCCUCACCCGUCUACCCUCCGACCCUCACCUGUCGACCCUCCGACCUUCACCUGUCUACCCUCCGACCCUCACCUGUCUACCCUCCGACCCUCACCUGUCUACCCUCCGACCCUCACCUGUCUACCCUCCGACCCUCACCUGUCUACCAUCCGACCCUCACCUGUCUACCCUCCGACCCUCACCUGUCGACCCUCAGACCCUCACCUGUCUACCCUCCGACCCUCACCUGUCUACCCUCCGACCCUCACCUGUCUACCCUCACCCGUCUACCCUCCGACCCUCACCUGUCUACCCUCCGACCCUCACCCGUCUACCCUCACCCGUCUACCCUCCGACCCUCACCUGUCUACCCUCACCCGUCUACCCUCCGACCCUCACCUGUCUACCCUCACCCGUCUACCCUCCGACCCUCACCUGUCUACCCUCACCCGUCUACCCUCCGACCCUCACCUGUCUACCCUCACCCGUCUACCCUCCGACCCUCACCUGUCUACCCCCCGACCCUCACCCGUCUACCCUCCGACCCUCACCUGUCUACCCUCCGACCCUCACCCGUCUACCCUCCGACCCUCACCUGUCUACGCUCCAGACCCUCACCUGUCUACCCCCCGACCCUCACCUGUCUACCCUCACCCGUCUACCCUCCGACCCUCACCUGUCUACCCUCCGACCUUCACCUGUCUACCCUCAGACCCUCACCCGUCUACCCUCCGACCCUCACCUGUCUACGCUCCAGACCCUCACCUGUCUACCCCCCGACCCUCACCUGUCUACCCUCACCCGUCUACCCUCCGACCCUCACCUGUCUACCCUCCGACCCUCACCUGUCGACCCUCCGACCUUCACCUGUCGACCCUCAGACCCUCACCUGUCUACCCUCACCUGUCUACCCUCAGACCCUCACCUGUCUACCCUCAGACCCUCACCUGUCUACCCCCCGACCCUCACCCGUCUACCCCCCGACCCUCACCCGUCUACCCUCCGACCCUCACCCGUCUACCCUCAGACCCUCACCUGUCUACCCUCCGACCCUCACCUGUCUACCCUCCGACCCUCACCUGUCUACCCUCCGACCCUCACCUGUCUACCCUCAGACCCUCACCUGUCUACUGAUGAAGCAUUUUGA